CCUGACCUGAUCGAGUUCCGCAGCCUGAUAAAUCCUAUAAAUAGGCAAGAUCACGAGGUCAGAUAAAUAUCAGAUCCGAGGGUCUUAUUUAAAAGUUUGAGCAGGCUCACAAAGAGACUUCUCAAAUGUCUAAGCCAAGGUUGGAAGGUAAGGUAGCACUUAUCACAGGUGCAGCCAGUGGGAUUGGUGAAGAGACGGUGAGAUUGUUUGCAGAACAUGGGGCUUUUGUUGUUAUCGCUGAUGUCCAGGAUGAUCUUGGGAAUCAAGUAGCUGCAUCAUUAGGCCUAGACAAGGUUAGUUACCACCACUGCGAUGUAAGAGAUGAGAAGCAAGUUGAGGAAACGGUGAGUUACACGGUGGAGAAAUAUGGAAAGCUGGACAUUUUGUUCAGCAAUGCUGGUAUCCUCGGCCCGCUAACUGGAAUCUUAGAACUUGACAUGGAUGGCUUUGACAACACCAUAGCCACAAAUGUUCGAGGUGUUGCUGCCACGAUCAAGCAUGCUGCUCGUACUAUGGUGGCUAGAAAUAUCCGCGGAUCCAUCAUAUGCACUGCAAGUGUAGCAUCUUCCCUAGGAGGGACUGGUCCGCAUGCUUAUACUACAUCAAAACAUGCUAUCGUAGGCCUUGUCCGAGCAACUUGCAGCGAGCUAGGGGCUUAUGGGAUCCGAGUCAAUUGCGUUUCUCCAUACGGAGUUGCUACACCUCUUGCUUGUAAUAGUUACAAUUGGAAACCAAGUGAAGUGGAGGCCAAUAUUUGUUCAUCGAGCAACUUGAAAGGUAUUGUGUUGAAGGCUAGGCACAUUGCAGAGGCUGUAUUGUUUCUUGCUUCUGAUGAAUCCACUUACAUCAGCGGGCAAAACUUGGCAGUUGAUGGAGGUUUUACAGUGGUUAAUCACAGUUUUUCAACACUUACAAAGUAAUGGUUGUCAUAGUAUCGAAGCCAAUAUUAAAAACAGAUUGGCAUUUAAUUCUGCUUCUCUGGAAACUUUUAUAAGCAAAGCUUUCUUUAGCGAGUCAAACCCUGUUACCAGCACAUUCCAUGUGCAUUUUCCUUAUAAUCAGGAAUGCUAUAUUUUUCUA